AUGAAUUUGGCACUAAGUUGCAAGCGAUGGUCUUUGGUAUGGAAAGAUUCUCAAGUGAAAGCAGAAUGGAUUAUUUUCAAAUAUGGAAGAGCACACUGUCUUUUUCACUCUAUAAGAUUAGGCCCCAAGUUUAUCUCUGUUGAAGUUGCUCAUGCUAUUAUUACUAAAGGUGGAAUUCUUUCAAGAUAUUUUGCGCAGCGUCUUCUCAUUCAUUACGGAGAAUAUGAUCAGAAGCUUAUCGAAUUAAAGGCCUCCCAUAAUAUAGGACAAAGCGAUCUGGAAAAAAUACAAACCAAUACUCCCUGGGCUAAUAACUUACCGAUUACUGUUUCUUUUCUAAUUCUUUUCCCACCUGCACAACCUCAUGGAUGGACUAAACCUGAAGUUAAAGCUGUUAAAGAACGACUUUUAGAAUUAAUUGAUUUGGGAUUCAAAUUAAAUUAUGACAUUAUCAUCGAAAUUUUUCAUCUUUUCGAACGUCGAUUAGAUGAAAUUGGAAAAAUCUUAAUAGAUUCUUUUAAAGAAAUUAAACAAGAAACACAAGAAAAUUUUUUACAUAGAUGUUUAAGUGAAACACAAAAUCCAAAUAUUACAAAUUUUCUUCAUAAAUAUCUACAAAAUAAUUCCGAAUUGAAUGUCAAAAAACAUCAAAUAAUUAUCAAGAGUUUGAGGUAUCUAUAG